AUGAAACUUCCUGCAUGCUGUAAAAUUGAAUCAUUAGCGGAAAGAUCUGGACCAUGUUUGAGCCAGACCUCACCCCAAACAGAUUGGUGUUAGCAGCACUCUUCCCCUAUUGCCUCCUUUAUGUACAGUCCUAGUUUUGGCAUAAAGUGUAAACUACUUGUCUUUCUUUUGUUAGCUGACCCACCUGAUGUUUAUGCCUUGAGCGAUGGGACAAAGGGGUAGUCAUCAGAUGGUCUGCACUGGUGGGAGCGCGGAAUAUUUGUUCUGAAGAUUACUUCAGUAGCGAAAAUAUAAGUAGGCAUGUUUGGAGGAUACUUGAUCAAGCUAAAGAGAACAUCGGCAUAGACUUGGGACAAUCUAUUUAUUUUUUAAGUGUUACCUACGGUCUACAUUCUGAGCUUUAUUGGACAUUUUCUAUAAUUCCAAAUAGUGUCAUCUAGUAUUGAUUUUUUUUUAUGAUACUGACAGCUUGUAUUGCCUUUUUCUUAAACUUUGAGCAGAACUCAAAGGUUUGGAGUUGCACACAAGCCGUUUUAGUUUGAAGCAAAUUAAAGCUGCCACUAGGAACUUCGACCCUGAAAACAAGAUUGGUGAAGGUGGAUUUGGUCCUGUUUACCAGGUCAACACAUAGUCAUGGUUUAUUCGGUUCUGAUUUAGUCCUAAAGCCCUCGUGUAAUUUUUAGGACCUAAUAUUAAUGCACGCAUGUUGAAAACUUUCAGGGAGUUCUUCCGGAUGGCUCUAUGAUCGCGGUGAAGCAGCUUUCAUCCAAAUCAAAGCAAGGAAACCGGGAAUUUGUGAAUGAGAUAGGCAUGAUAUCAGCCCUAGAGCACCCAAACCUCGUAAGACUUUUUGGGUGCUGCAUUCAAGGGAAUCAGUUGAUGCUGAUAUACGAAUACAUGGAAAAUAACAGUCUUGCCCGAGCUCUAUUUGGUAACCAUAUUACGGUUUUGCGUUCCUUGUACUUUGUGCCCCCGCUACUUUCUGGAUUUUCUUGGUUAUAUUCAUUGUGUGCGGUUGCUGGCAAUGUGGCCUGAGUAACAAUCACGGUGUUGACAGGUCCCGAACGGUUAAAGUUGAAACUGGAUUGGCAAACGAGGCGUAAAAUUUGCAUAGGAAUAGCGAGGGGCUUGGCCUACCUUCACGAAGAGUCGAGGCUAAAGGUAGUUCAUAGAGACAUCAAAACGACGAAUGUCCUUCUUGAUAAGGAUCUGAACGCGAAGAUAUCGGACUUCGGACUGGCGAAACUCGACCAAGAGGAAAACACCCAUAUCAGCACCCGGAUAGCAGGGACCAUGUAAGCGAACUCUAUUUCCGAGUUAAUGGAUUUUUAUGUCUGCUAUUAAUUCGAGUUGUAACCAUUCAUUCGUCUUGUUAACUAUUGACACUCGCUCUUUAUCAGACUGGUAAUAUAGUUUCGAUGAUAUUAACCAUUUCUUUGUGGUUGGAAUCAAUGCGCAGUUUUCAUUAUAGUAAUUUUGGUCAUUUUGUCAAGUUAGUUUCAAGAAUGUCUCACUUAAUGUAGUUUAUUUAUAUCUUAUUUUCGUUCCACUUGAUCCUGCUUCAAAAGCUAUCUGUUGAUCAAGGAUGUGUUAAGGGUACCACCUCCAACACAUCCUUCAGUUUUUCCAUCUACAUAGACUAUCGUAUCUCAGCAAUUGGGUUUUGUCAUAUGAAUGAAUGUCCUUGAAGUGGAGAAGGUCUAAUUGCUGGUUUAUUUAAAUAUGGUCAAUAGGAAAAAGUCCAGUUUGGUUUGGUGGUGCUGUCUCUCUUAUGCUGACGAGAAUUUUCCUUGUUUCCCUCCAGGGGCUACAUGGCUCCUGAAUAUGCCAUGAGGGGUUACCUGACGGACAAAGCAGAUGUUUACAGCUUUGGUGUGGUCACAUUAGAGAUUGUGAGUGGAAAGAGUAACGCCAACUGUCGCGUCGAAGAUGACUUCAUCUACCUUCUCGAUUGGGUAUGCUACCUUCGGCAUUUUGGAUAUACAACUCAGGCUCAAGAUUUCUUCGUAAUGGGUUUUGCAUUUUUCUCAGGCCAAUAUCCUGCAGGAGAAGGGUGCCCUCCUCGAGCUGGUGGACCCCGCCCUGGGCACCAACUUCUCCAUUGAGGAAGCACAGCAGAUGCUGAACCUAGGCCUCCUGUGCACCAACUCUACCCCGGCCCUUCGGCCUGCCAUGUCCGCUGUGGUCGCGAUGCUCAAGGACCACACGCCCAUUCAAGUCCCGAUCAUGAAGAUCUCCCGGACGGAGAGCGCGGAGGUGAUAUUCAGGUCAUCCGAUCAUAGCAAGGCCGUGUCCAUGGACGGGCCGUGGGCAGAUUCAACGUUGUCUAUGCAGAGCAGCAACAGAGGAGACGACCACUUCCACUCCACCGCAACCCGGCUCCUCGGUGACUACACGGAUUCUCAGUGA